AUGCUAUUUGUCUUCUUCCUCAUCAUCAGUUUUUGGUUGUAUCUUGCAGUUGCAGAGGAGCAGAUGGAAUCAUCAAAGACCAAAAUAGAUGUGCACGCACACUACGUCCCAGACUUUUAUGCGCAAGCGCUCAGAGAUGCUGGGCACUUACCCGGCCCGGAUGGCAUGCCCAGGAUUCCUGAGUGGACGCCCGAGGCGCACCUCAAGUUCAUGGAGGCGCAAAAUAUUGAAAAGUCCUACUUAUCAAUCUCCAGCCCAGGGGUCUACCUUUCCGUGCCCUCCAAGUCCGCGACAGAGAAGGCGGUUAAACUGGCUCGUCAAGUCAACGAGUAUGCAUCAGAAGUCAAGGCCAGAUAUCCCACCAAAUUCGGCUUCUUUGCAUCACUUCCCCUACCAGACGUGAGCGCAUCCGUGGAUGAGAUUAUAUACUGCUUCACGCAGCUCAACCCGAAACCCGACGGCAUCGUGGUCAUGUCAAACGCCUACGGGAUGUACCUCGGCGACCCGGACCUCGAUCCGGUCUACAAGGCCCUGAACGAGGUCAACGCCAUAAUCUUUGAGCAUCCCACCGCGCCCUGCACGGAGCAUAACCAUUUGCGAUUCUCAAUUGACGGAGAGGACCCCGGCAUCACGCCGCCUGAAUGGCUUUCCCUCAACAGGCCGGUGUCAGACCGGCAGGGUCGGGUGCCCACCCUAGACUUUCCCUUUGACACGGCUCGCACGUUUGCCGAUUUGUUCUACUCAAAGGUGCCAACGCGGUUCCCUCGCAUCAAAUGGAUCAUGCCUCACGCGAGCGGCGGCCUUGUGCCCACCUUGGAUCGAAUCAUCAGCUACAGCACUCCGGAUGUCAAUCUGACAGAGUCUUUUGUUAAAUCCACCCUCGCGAAAAGCUUUUACUUCGACCUUGCUGGGCCCUGGCCGGUCACUUGGGCGAUUCCUCCUUUGCUUCGGUGGGUGAGCUAUGAGAAGCUAUUAUGGGGCACUGAUACACCUUUCACGCCGUGGGCCAUGGCGGAAGCUGGGAGGAUCAAAUUCGAUCAAGAUGUCGAGGAGGUUUUCAAUGAUGGAACCAAGGCUGAAUUUGUAAGAAGAGGAAACGCUGUCAAAUUAUUUGGAUAA